UUGUUUGACCACCCUGUAUUAUGAUAAUCUGUAAAAACAAGAAAAGCACACAAUAAUAGUGCACUUGGUCCUGCAAGGUUAAGUUGCCAGAUGAAUUUAUAUUUAUGUACAAGAAGAUUGAUGUCUGCCCUCAUAACCCAAAGAUUUGAUGAAUUAAACCCUCUGGAGAUCAUGCAGACUGUAAUUAAACAUAGAGUGAUCCAUGCUUAUUCAUCCCUAUAACAAUAAACAUUACUCAUAUUUAUGUACUCACAUUUAUAUCCAAAUACUUUGCUAUAGUCAAAAACCUGAAUAACAUCUGAGCCAUCUGAAUGGAAGAGGUCACUUUUUACACCCUCGCAAGCAUUAGUGAAAGGAGUAUUUUGAUACAUGUCACCGACUUUCCUAUUAAAAGAUAUGUGCUUUCAUUGACUAAGUUUUUGUUUUAUGUGAGGCUGGUGAACAGUCACAUCCUUAAAACUAACACUCUGACCUUACAAAUGAUAUAUUUGAACCUCAGGACAAAUUGUAUCAAUUAUUUUUCACACAGGGACAGAUUUUGAUUAAGCUCUCAUUUACUCGAAUAUAUGGAUGACUAUUACAGCAUGCACUAGUUUUCUUUGAAAACACAAAAGUAACAAUAUUCUUUCAAUCAUGGAUUUAAAAAACCGAAAAGACCAGAAAUAUGUGUCUCUAAGUAUUGGACUACUUGCACAUUUCAUGUCAGGAAUUGUGUUUGCUUUUAAUGCAUAUGCAAUCGCCCUGAAACAGACAUUCAACUAUACUCAAACUGAACUGGAAUAUAUCGCAUCUAGUGGCGAUUUGGGACUUUGUUUCUCCUUUCCGGCAGGUAUUGUCUUUGACCAUUUUGGUCCAAGAGUAUCAAGUAUAUUCUCACUUGUUCUCUCGGGCUUAGGAUUUGGGCUAUUGUCAGCAGCAACAAACUUUAGGAUAUUCUUUACUUCAAAAAGUUGGCUUUUGUGUGUUUUUUAUUUUAUGGCAUCAGUUGGAACUCGAUUUAUAUAUACAGCAUCAGCUGUGGUGAAUUGCAAGAACUUUGACAGAAAACAUAUUGGCAAGAUACUUGGCCUCCUCCAAGCUGUAUUUGGAAUAAGCCCUGCAAUAUUUAGCGCCCUCUAUGAAGGUGUGUUUGUUCAAGGACACAUUGAAGAUGCAGAGAAUCAAAAGCUUGCAGAGUUCUUGCUUAUGCUAGCUGUAUUAUCAGCUUGUAUAAAUACAUUUGGUGUUGUAAUGCUAAAGACACUUCCUGAUGUAACAGCUGAACAUAAUAUUGCACUAUCAGAAUUACCUAAUAUAAAUGAAAAUGAAUUGGCAGGAAGAAAAACACUCGAAAAUGUUACGCUUUACAAUAGAAGUGAUGAAAUGAAUGAAACAACUCCAAUUGCUGGAAAAAAGAUAUCAAAUCAACCAAUAGUUGAAGAAAUGAAGUGGUGGCAAAUCAGUAAAACACCUCCGUUUUAUAGCAUACUAUUUAUCUGCAUAAUCACUGGGGGCACUGGCGGAACUCUUACAAAUAAUAUUACAACUGUUGCGAAAUCUGCACAGGUUCACAUCAAUGCAAUAGCCUUCACAGUGACAAUUCCAAUCCUUGCAUCAAUUGGGCGAUUAAUUGGCGGAGCGGUACAAGAUUACAUUUCGCAAAAAUGGCCAGACAUUCCCAAAUCAUCAACUCUGUUAUUCCCUGUAACACUCAUGUGUAUUAGUCAAAUAGUCUUGGUAUUUUUUAACCAAUGCUUUGCUGGUUUGAUGAGUGCCUCUGCAAUGGCAGCUGUAGCCUUUGCCUUCUUUUAUGUACAAGUAACUAUUAUCAUUGUUGACCUGUUUGGUAUGAAAUAUUUUGCACAAAACCUUGGUUUCAUGAUGGUUGGCCAUGGAAUUGGAAUCUUUUUAUUUCAAAAACUUUUUGCUUUGAAUUAUGAAACCUAUAGUCCACCUGGAUCACAAACUUGUUACGGAGAAUUAUGUAUGCGGUGGUUUUUUGUUCUGACAUCUAUUUUAUGUUUUUUUGCAAUUGUUUUAAACUUUUGUCUUGUGAAAAUUGAAAGGGAUAAAAGAUUGCAACAUGAAGAAUUACAAUACGCUUAGUAUA